AUGGCAGGGCUGUCGCAAGAAAAGAAAAGGAUGUACCUGGAAGAAAUAGAGGAGCUCGAGAAGAUACUGGAGAACGAGGAGGACAAGCUUAGGAGCAUUAGAAGGCCGCAAAGCUUUGGACAAUAA